GCUUAUAUUGUAGUGCAUUUUAGUAUAUAAUCGUCGUCAUCGUUCUUAGACGUAUACAAUAUCUGUGUAAACGCGCGCAACGCAACACGCCGCGCGCUUUGUAGUAUUAUAUGUUAUAUUGUUGUAAAGACAAUUGUAAGCCCUCGCUCGCACCGGUAUUGCUCGUCUUCGUUUAUCACGCCGGUUUCAGUACUACUAGCUUAUAUAAUAUUGCGAUGUAUUGACGUGCAAACACGGCGAAAUACAUCGGUCAAAUUAAAUUCCAAAAAAAUUUACAUUCCGUCGCGAGUAGGAUUUUUCCGCAAUUCCACGGUUUUCCUUUUUUCGACGUCACGAAAAUCAUUCCUCGUCGCGUGCGAUGCGUUGACGAGACCGGUGUUGGUAAAUAAACGUCUUCGGCACGUUUAAUUGUACCAAAAAAGCUACGACGUCCGUAUAUUGUUUGAUACGUUGACUGCCAUACGGAAACCACUCAUCGACAGUGUUAUUCGGAGAACUGAGUCCGUAACAUCACACGACCAGAAAACGAUUGAUGCACAACGGACAGUACAUCGCCGCACUGAGGAAAAUAACACGCCAUCAUGGUGCACACGGGAUCCUGUAGCGACCGUCUGUACGACUUACUGGUCAGCUAUUUGCCGAUCCUGACAUGGAUGCCGAAGUACAAGAAGUCGGACUUACUGUACGACGCUGUGUCGGGUAUCACCGUCGCGCUCACGCUGAUGCCUCAGUCCAUAGCAUACGCGUCGCUGGCUGGACUUGACCCAUUGUUUGGAUUGUAUGCUGCAUGCUUCGGUAGCGUAAUGUACAUAGUAUUUGGAUCAGUACGGCAAAUUACUAUCGGUCCUGCAUCUGUUGUCGCAUUGCUCACAUUCAACUACGUCAAUCCAGCGUUUCCAACCACGGCGGUAAUUCUCUGUUUUGUGUCUGGAAUUGUCGAGCUAAUAUGUGGACUUUUGCGCUUAGGAUUCGUCGUGGAGUUCGUAUCGAUGCCAGUGACGGGCGGAUUUACAUCGGCAGCGGCUAUCAUUAUGGCAUCGUCACAAUUGAAAGGACUGUUUGGAAUUUCUUUUGACGCGAAAAACUGUAUGGAAAUGUGGAUAAAGUUUGUUGAAAACAUUGAACAUUUUCGAAUAGCAGAUACCGCUAUGGGACUUAUAUGUAUAUUCGUGUUGAUAGGAUUGAAGAGCUUAAAAACCAUAAAAGUCAAUGCUAAAGGAAUCAAAGCAAAAUCAUAUUCUGUGAUACUAUUUUUAUUGACCACCGGAAGCAAUGUUUUCGUGGUCAUCGUAUCAUCGAUAAUCGCAUAUUUUUCAAUUAGACAAGGCCAGUCACCAUUAGUAUUGACAGGUAAUAUCGCUAGUGGCAUACCGCAAUUUCGGUUUCCGUUUUCGGACUACGAAGACGAAGACGAGAAGUUCACAUUUUUCGAAGGUCUGUCCAGGUUAUGGCCUGGUGCAAUAGUUGUUCCGUUGGUAUCAAUUUUGAGCACAGUUUCGGUCGCUAAAGCAUUCAGCGGUGGAAAAGUCGUCGAUGCAUCACAAGAGAUGAUAGCGUUAGGUUUCUGUAAUAUUUUUAGCUCGUUUAUGGGAUCUAUGCCCGUUGCGGGAAGUAUGACCAGGUCUGCUCUUAACCAUACUACCGGUGUCCGUACAACGUUCAGCUCAAUAUUUACUACUAUACUGGGCAUGCUGUCGUUGUUGUUUUUGACACCAUUUCUCUAUUACAUACCGAAAUCUAGUUUAUCCGCCGUACUUAUAUGUGCAGUGACUUCAAUGUUUCGAUAUGACAUGGUGAUUUUGUUAUGGAAAACCAAUAGACGUGAUCUAAUACCGUUUGCCACCGCGUUCGUUGCAUGUUUGAUAUUCGACGUGGAAUUGGGCCUUCUGUUUGGCAUCUGUGUCGACUUGCUGUGCGUGCUUUAUCGCAGCGCCAGACCAUCGAUUGCUAUCGAAAAAGAAACUAACUCGGGUUACGUAAAAUGGGUAGUCAGGCCCAGCAGUGGGCUACUAUUCCCAGCCGUGGACUUCAUGCGACAGAGAAUCAUUGCCGAGAUGUCGUCUUCAGAACGCCCGAACAAACCGAAUCUCAUAAUCGUGGACUGCGUGCAUUUUGACAAAACCGAUUUCACGGCUGCUCAAGGAAUCAAAUCUUUAAUAAAUGAACUAAAAUCCGAGUCAUGUCAACUCCAAUUGAUGAACGCCAAAGAAUGUGUAGCGGCUAUACUAGAAGCAACGCUAAACAUCAAAAUCUUGACUAUGGUUCCGCUACAAGAUUCUAUUAAGAAAUUUAAUUUUAAUCAACCUGAUCUCAAUGGAAUUGAAUCAAUGACAUUACACGAAAUGAAAAUGAAGAAUAUCUGUGAACGUAAAGCAUAA